AGAACUUCAGUCAUGCUACCCGACCCGCGGAAAAAACCCAUCAACUUCUUUUCCCCAUCGAUAAUCGAAUCUAUCGAAUUGUAGUUGUGUUUGUCAACAUUCGAAAAGUAGAUUGGUUGAAACACCUUUGAGUUUGAGAAUCGAUAGAGACUCAACAUCAAACGAACUCAUUCCAUCUGAAAUAGUACUCAGAUUGUAGUCAGACACAAGAAAAAUUUCUACUAGUGUCUUUCAUCCAUCCAAACCAAAGAAAAAUGCCGCGUGAGCAAAUCGUAAUCCUUCUCGGACCGCCGGGAAGCGGUAAGGGCACAGUUUCGCCCGCCAUCGUGGACAAGUUUAACAUCCCGCAGUUGAGUACGGGUGAUAUGCUUCGUGCUGCGGUGGCAGCCGGCACCGAGACUGGUAUGAAGGCGAAGGACCUGAUGGCAAAGGGUGCUCUUGUUCCGGACGAGCUGGUCAUCGACAUUAUUCGUGAGCGCAUUCGAGAGUCCGAUUGCUCCCAGGGAUUCUUGCUGGACGGCUUCCCACGCACAGUCGCGCAGGCCAAGGCUCUGGACGCAGUGUUGUCGAAGGUUAUGAUUCCAAGGACUACAAACAAUGUUGACUAUCCACCACUAUAAUAGUUGAACAGAAGUAAGAUAGAGCUGAAUCGUUGACCUUUAAUCUCCACUACGGGUUUUUCUUUUUUGUAGGAGCUCAUGAACUCUAUUUUCGGGGGUUAAUAUGAAGCAAGUAAGUAUAUGCUGUUGCAGAAGCAGAAGUGCUCAUGAUUGCUUACGCUCCUCACUGAGUUGUGCAUGUUUGCAGGUCAGCUCCUCCAUCUUCCUCCUUCUCUAAUGCGUAAGGCGAGAUGGUGACGAAAGUGGUGGAAUUGAAUGUACCGGAUGCAGUGCUUGUCGACCGCAUUUGCGGACGAUGGAUCCACAAGGAUUCGGGUCGAUCGUAUCACGUGAAGAACAAGCCGCCUAAGAGCUACGACGGAAAGAGCGAUCCCACAGCAGAGAACAUGUACUUACUAUAGUGAAUCGUGGUGCGUCACUUCUUGUUAUCACUACAACAUUUAGCUUUGUCGAUGAUCGCGACGACCUCUAGCAGCUGUGAUGCGUUUGAAUCUUCUCAACAGCAAUGUCAAUCUUAAUCAUGUUUGCAGCCUCAGGGUAGUUCGUUGUUGUAAUGUAUUUGUUCCUGACCUUCAUCUAUCCGACUACAACUUUGACUUAAUAUCACAAUGUUAACUCGGCCUUGAUCAAACGUCAGGCUUGACGACGAGACCGGAGAGGCUUUGUAUCAGCGCGCUGAUGAUACUAAGGAUGCGCUUCCCAAGCGAUUGGAGGGAUAUCACAACGAGACGGAACCUAUCUUGGCACAUUACGGCGACAACGUGUGUGUGCGGGUUGACUGCAAUCGUGAUAUGGACGUGAUCACCAAGGACAUUCUCAGUGUUUUAGCGGUACCAAAUACGCCUCGGGGCGAGGGUUGUUUUUCUUGUAUGUGUGGCAGAUGAACCGGAUCAUCAUUUUCAUAAGCACUUUUAUAACUGGUGAUGAAAAUGUGCUCAGUCAUGUGACGAAAAAUGUGAUGAAUAUGAUAGUCGUGAAUUGCAUAGAGUGUAAAAGAUUUUGAUCUUCUUCGGGUUCGGUUUUUAUCAUAUAAUUAAGUGCAUAGAUUAGAAAAUACGAGUAAGAACGUCAACUUCGGUAGACGGCUGAUUCUUGAAAUUCAACUUCGGCUACCAUGCAUUCAGACCAUCGCAACAUUAUGGAGGUGAAAACAAAACAUCGUUGUGGAUUUGAAUUUGUCUUAUAUGCUUGCGUUGCAGUCUUUUAUUUCAUCAAUAUGAGUAGAUAUAGAUUGUGCUGUAAUAUCUUGGACCGACCAGCAUAUGGAUAGGGUGGGUAUAUCCUCUGAAAAGUAGGAUAAUAAAAGGUUAUUUCGGGAAUAUAAGCUGUAACUGCUAGAAGUCUUAAUAGAACAGCAUAUUGCUUUUUUGGUGGGAAAAAUUGGUUAUAAAGGGACUAUUUCGUGAUUGAGAUAUCAACAGGAUCCGUCAUGCGACAUCAGAUGAAUAUCAUAUUAACCAUAACUUUAACCAAUUGGAUUUAGACGAUUGGUUACGGGGAGUGGCAUGAUAAUGAGUGACUUUUUUGUGCUUUUUUUUUCUCAAAGAUAAAAUCUCUCAUCGAUCAUCAUCAGGGCGAAGGCGACACUGGCGUGACGGCGGCAAUGAGAGAAAUGCUUCUGGCAGCUAAGAAUAUCGAUGAGUUGCUGGAGCAUAUGCCGCCAGAAGUCGCCGGGAUGUGUUCAUCGGCCGGUUUUGCGGAAUCUGUGAACGACUACUUCGAUGUACAGACGUCCUUUCAUAAACGUCCCUUUCAGAUUCAGGGAAACAAACCUCACAGGAAAUCUAGAGUAGGAAACUUUUUAGAGGAGAAUAAAACUAAGAAACCAAGAAGUACUAGUCACUACAAUUUAUACAACAUCCUUGCUCAUCUUGCACGAAUAUUUGGGCAAGAAGGAACUACCACAUCUAAAUUUGCACUACUAGUAGUACUCGUCAUCCCUUGACCGAGUAGAAAACGCGUGAUACAUGUACAGAAGGAAGAACUCGCCACAAGUACGAGGACUUUUUUACUUAUCAUAGAUGCAAGAAUGUACUACAACAUGCUAUGCCAACUUCCACAAGAACUAUAAUAGGAAUGCUAUGACAAAAUCCACAGGAAAUUUUCGUUUCUUACCUCCCAUCUUCCCAAUCUCAGAUGUUGGAUAGCGAUAAGACGGGCAGCUUAAAGAUGGAGGAAGUCUGGGACGAUGCGACGGAGGCGAUCUGCGGAAUGCUCGUUAUUGCAAACGAGGGAUCUGAUCCAAUGUAUUUUUACUACUGUGAGUAUCUGUUUGUCUCCUGCUGCCUGAUUCGACGAACACAACUACUCCGUGGAGGUGUUGCAUACACUUUGAAAAAGAAAUUUCAGCCUCAGAUGGAUCCGUCUGACGUUAUAAUGAACCGUUUUAAUAAUGAUUGUGAACCAGAAUCAAUCUAGUGUCCUCACAGGCAUGCGCCGAAACUUGGGGUCGCGGACAUGAAGCGAUUCAUGGCAGUCUUCGACAAAGACGGCAACGGCGACCUCGAUCGUGAAGAAUUCCUCGGGUUCAUGAAAUUCACCCUCUGUCGGUCGUGGAUUGAGGCUCAGUAUGUGGGGGAGAAGGAGGGUGUCAACCAGGCUAUGCGGGACAUCAUGUUGGCGAUGGAGAACUUGGAUGAGAUGAUCGAGUCCAUGCCUGAAGACAUCCAAGGUUGGGUCAACAGCGAUGACUUUGCAGAAGCGGUGGACGAGUACUACAGCGAAUUGGAUACGGAUAAGAUUACGGCUUCUAGUACCAUGGUAAAGUUGAUAAAUUGAAAAAGGAGUUAAGAUCAUUCUAUCCGAUAUUAAUUUGCUCAUCUUUUACCUUGUUAGAAGCCUGAUUUUGAUCGUUUGUGAAGUCACAUCAGAGUCGUCAAAAGACGGUUUUAAUGUCUUAUUCUUGUUCUUUGCUUUUCUAAUGCUUCCGGAUCUCUCGAUGUCGGCGAGUUAGUUGACGAAGCGUAUGAGACCAUUACGUCUAUGCUCCGCAUCGCGAACGAUGGCGACGAUGUUUACACUCCGAAAUUGAGCUCCGCGGACUUGAAGCGCUUUCUGUCCAUCUUCGAUAAGGACAAGAACGGAUCGCUGGAUCGCGCAGAAUUCUUGUCUUUCAUGAAAUUUUCGCUCUGCCGUUCCUGGAUCGAACAGGAGUACGCAUACGAAUACGACUACGACUACGCUGAGGACCAGGAACUGUAUUCCUAUUUUUUUUUGUGAGUUUGCGGUUGAAGGAGUAGGAUUUGCAACAGCCUGCUAUUUAAGUUUCGAAUUUCAAACGUUGGUCUUGAUGUAUGUACAACACAGCAACGGCAAUCAUACUUUUGUGAUCUUUCGUGAGAAAGAUCACAACGAUCGAAGAAAUAUCUCAACUUUCACCAUACCACAGCAUGGAUUCGCAGGAAGAACAGGAAGUUGUAGAAGGCGAACAAACGCUGGACGACGCGUUGGACAAACUCGAAGCUGGACCGAACUCACUCGGUGCUCUUUUGAAGAAGUGUACUCCGGAAGUGCGAGAUGAAAUCAUGAGCAAGGAAUUCCACCAGAUGCGCAAGAUGGAGUUCGAUACACUAGAUGACAACGGAAACGGCUCCCUGGAAAUCGGCGAGCUCUUCCCUUUGAUCGAGGCAAUCGCGGACGUGCACCCAUGGAGCGUCUCGUACAAUUUUUUCUGAAUGUCCCAACUCUACAGCCUCUUCUGGAAUCACAAUGUCUAGGUCUACUCCCAGUUAGAGCAGUACAAAAAUAUUUUUGUUUUUUUCAACAGCAGGAAAGCACUGACUGACUUUUCUUCAGGCACUAACUACGUUGAAGUUUUCUACACAUUCAUGAUCCUCUUUCUUUACAGUUACGAGCACUGCCAGCGCUUUAUGGAUCUUUUCGACUCGAACUACGAUGGCUUGCUUCAGUUCACAGAAUACCUGGAUAUGGUCCGCUACGUGAUUGCAUUCGCCAGCAUUGACCAUUACGCUAACGAGGCAAACGCGGCAGCAGAGUUAGAGGCCAUGCGUACUGAGAAUGAACGACUGAAGAAGGCACUCGACACCGUGAAUCAGAAGCACUGCGAGCUUCAGCGCAACUUCAAUCGUGUCCUCAAGGGAGCUGUCAAAGACUCCAACGCUUAUGACCGACUCUCUCCUGUACUAGCAAAUAUUGACUAACCCGGUAAAAAAUAAUAUCAGGUUCUGAUGUUGAGAAAGACGAUUAUGUAACAACCGUUCACCUCCUCGCAACCAUGGCUACUAUUUAAGUGCAUAGGUUCUCGUUCUGGAAAAGGAAAUUUCGUUUCGGUCGUAAUAUGCGAGAUCUCAGUACAUGCACCCUUUUUGCUCCUGAAAUUCUCCUCCUCUUUCAUUGUACCGAAAUGGUGAAAGAGCGCAACUGGCGUGCAACCUUGCAGGGUAAGUACAAGGAGGUGCUUGGAGACUACCGCAAGGUGAUGGGAGUGGCCAAAGAACAGCGCAAAACGCUUGUCGCCAACGCCAAGACUGUACGAGCGGAUACGCUCCCGGCAGUGACCAAAUCAGCCUCCUGCGUCAGGCUGGGACGCAAGUUGCAGCACUAGGGUUGUAACUGGACAGGAAAUGGAAGAGUAGUUUGAGUUACGUUUGAAUGACAUAGAAGUCAUAGGUGGAACAAGUCUUACUUGUAACAGUUAUAAUAAGUGGUCGAUUCUGCUUCUGCUCCAUUCAUUGUUUAGGAAAAAAUUUGAGCUACGAGAAUGAAUAGUUCGUUGUUGCAUGUUGAUAUGAGUGGUCUUAGAUUGAUGUAGCAUAAACAAAAUCACAUUGCGGUAUACUAUGCAUAGAUAUAUUGCAAGUGAAAAUGUAGCAGCAUUGCAUGCGUAUCUGCAAUAAUUUCAACAUAUUCAUCCUUCGGCUCAAGAAUGUCAUACGUACAUGAGAGAUGCGCAGCUUAUCAUAUCGCCCCAGGCGCACAAUGAACAGUGGCCGUAGGAAAUCGCGGAAGGAAUUCCAUCUACAACAUGUUCAUAACAAGUAGAAUCGUCUACAUCCAAGAAGUAACUUAGUUGUUGGAGAUUUGCUAUCAUGGGGAUGCAUGUGCUAUGCCGAACGCUCUGUUUAUGAUAUCUAUAGUCGUCGAUAAAGAAAGGAAGGCAACGCGAAGGAAAGCAAAAAGCAGUUAUUUGUCAUUCUUAUAUUAGAACUAGAACUCUCUAUAAUCUUCAUUUUCAACAUUUGUUAUUAUUCUGACGGCGCAACCGCAAGUCUUCAGAUAUAUGAUUAAGAAUUUGUAACUUUGGCUACUCAUCAUCAUCUUCAAACUCGUAUUAUUCUACAUUGCAAGUCGUCAGAUAAAGUAGAUUAAGAAAGAAUCGUGACGGCAGUUACUUCAUAUCGCAACGCAGGAAAGAAGAACCUUUAUCCAGAAGUACAUACUCCCUUAUGUUAUGCUUACCAUGAUGUCUUUGUCUAUUUGGAACUAGGGACUUCUUCGCGACAAAACAUCGGGAAAAAGAUUUACUCGCUCAACGUUGUACAGAAGAGGAACCGGGAUAAAGCUAGACGAGGUAGAGCAAGCUCAUCCAUGCAGAAGGGGGUCUCCACAUGCAGCAGGAGGCAGGGUGUUCUUGAUACAUCCUCGAAGAU